AUGUCAGUAAUACUAGAAGAAUCACCACCAAUAAAAACGUCAUACUUAGCAAAAUUGAAAUUACCCCAAGUAACUUUAAGGUCAACAAUAGUUGGAUUAGUAAUAGGUUCAAUAAUCCUUAUAUCAAAUUUUCAAUUUGGUUUACAAACAGGUUGGGUAUCAAUGAUGUCAUUACCAGCAGCAUUAUUAGGAUUUGCAGUAUUUAAAUUAACUCCAUUAUCUAAAAAUUUUACAGAUGUUGAAAAUGUAUAUAUUCAAUCAAUUGCAGUUGCAGUAGGUACGGGCCCAUUAUGUUAUGGAUUUAUUGGUAUUAUUCCUGCUAUUGAAAAAUUUUUAAAUCCUGAAGAAACUGGAUUAGGUCAUAAAAUUAUUUUUUCAACUAAAGAACUUAUAAUAUGGUCAUUAGGUUUAGGAUUAUUUGGAGUGUUUUUUGCAAUACCAUUAAGAAAACAAGUCAUUAUAAAAGAAAAAUUACCAUUUCCUUCUGGGAGUGCUACUGCAACAUUAAUUUCAGUUUUACAUGGUACUGAAAUUUUUGAAGAUGAAGAACCUGAAAAAUUGAAAUCACAAGAGGAAGAAGAUAGUUUGAAUAAAACACCAGUAUUAGAAAGAACAACUUCAUCAUCUCAAUUAUUAGAAUCAAUAAAUUAUCAACAAAAUAUGAAAUCAUUAUCUUUAACAUUUAUAAUAUCUUCAAUUUAUACAAUAACAUCAUAUUUUUUCCCCAUUUUAAAAAAUUUACCAAUUUUUGGUACUUGGGCUUCAAAAAAUUAUGAAUGGAAUAUACAACCUUCUCCAGCAUAUAUUGGUCAAGGUAUUAUCAUGGGAUUACCAACAGUUUCAUAUAUGUUGUUCGGUGCAAUAUUAGGCUGGGCUAUAUUAGCUCCAUUAUCUCAAAAAAUGAAUUGGGCACCUGGACCAAUUGAUGAUUGGAUUACUGGUGGUCAAGGUUGGAUAUUAUGGAUUAGUUUAAGUAUAAUGGUUUCUGAUUCAUUAGUUAGUUUUAUUGUAUUAAGUGUUAAAAGUAUUUAUGAUUUUUUUAUUGAUUAUAAAAUGAGAAAAGCUUCAUAUACUCAAGUAUUAGAAUUACAACAAGCACAAAGAGAAAGAUUACAACAACAAGGUAUUGAUGAAGAAGAUAGUGAGGAAACCAUAAUUAUUGAUCCAAAUACUGCUGUUGAAGUUCCUCCCAAUUUUUUAGUAUCUAAUAAAGUUGCCAUAAUUGGAACAAUAGGUUCAACAAUAUUAUGUGUAAUAACAUUAAGAAUUAUAUUUGGAAAAUUAAUCCCCAUUUAUGCAUCAAUAACAGCAAUAUUAUUAGCAAUGUUAUUUAGUGUAUUAGCAACAAGAACAUUAGGAGUAUCAGAUAUAAAUCCAGUAAGUGGUAUUGGAAAAUUAUCACAAUUAAUAUUUGCAUUUAUUAUCCCACAAAAUCAUCCUUCUAAAAUAUUAAUAAAUUUAAUAUCAGGAGGAGUAGCAGAAGCAGGUGCACAACAAGCAGGAGAUUUAAUGCAAGAUUUGAAAACUGGUCAUUUAAUUGGUGCAUCACCAAAAGCUCAAUUUAUUGCUCAAAUUAUUGGAACUUUAUAUCUGGUAUUUUUAAGUUCAAUAAUGUAUAAAAUUUAUAUGAAAGUUUAUACUAUACCAAAUGAAACUUUUAGAAUUCCAACUGCUAUAAUUUGGAUUGAUUGUUCAAGAUUAGUUACUGGUGAUGGAUUACCUCCAAAAGCUUUAGAAUUUGCAAUAAUAUUUGGAAUAAUAUUUGGGUUUAUAUCAUUAAUUAAAAAUAUAUUACCUUCAACUUCAAAAUAUUAUAAAUAUCUUGUUUAUUUACCAAAUGGAGUAGCAGUUGGUAUUGGGAUAUAUAAUACUCCAAAUUUUACAAUUGCAAGAUUUAUUGGUGGUGUUAUUGCUUAUAAUUGGCAUAGAUUUAGUAAUAGAGGUAAAAUUGGUAUGAUUAUUUUUAGUAGUGGAUUAGUGCUUGGUGAAGGUUUAUUUAGUGGAUUUACUAUGUUACUUACAAGUUUAGGAGUUAAACAUUUUUAG